UUGAUGUCGCAUCAGCUAUUAUUUUUGUGGUUAGUUUGUUUGACAGUUUGCUCGUAAAAAAUAAUAUUUAAAACACAUAAUGUUUUGAUGAUCUUAUCGUAUUUAUAUAAUAUAAUUAAAUUUAAAAAAUGCAGCCUCGUUUUAAUAAUCGGACUUAUUAUUAUCUUCGUAAAUGUAAAUAUAAAUGUAAAUAUAAAUGUUCCCAUAGAGAGGCUAUGCGAGCUUCAUAAAUGUCCUGCAUGCUAUGGUAUUUCUGAAUGUAAUUAUAUUAAAAAUAUAAAUGUUACGCUAAACGAUAUAUAUUCUUUGAUUAAUUAUUUGUUUGGUGUCAAAAAUGUCUUCAUGGGAAGAUAUUUGCAAAAUAAAGUGGUAUUGAAAAAGUUGGCGCACACAUCAGAGUUGAAAGCGUUCGACGACAUGCUUUGUAAAAAUAGGAAUUUACAAUUUCUUUGUAAAAAUAACGUUGCAACAUAUAAUCAUAGUUUCAAGGUUGACUUUUACGAAUUAGUUAAAAGGAAAAUAGUAAGCAGCUUUACGGAGGAUCAUAAAAGUCUUUUGAGACUUUGUCCAAAUGCUAGAAAUAUAGAUAUUCUGUUUUAUAAUUUAUAUGUUAAAAAUAAAGAAUUAGAUGCUAAUAUUUUCUAUAUCAAUUUGUGGACAUUGGUAACUAUUAAUCCAGAACCACUUCUGCUUCAGAUAUUACCUGAAAGCAAAGGAUGGCCGGUACCAAAAUAUUUAGGCUCUUGCGGAAGGAUCAUUGCUGAAGAAUAUGCAGGAUCACCGAUAGCAACUUAUUAUGAUGCUCCAUGGAUUUAUAGAGCAAAAAUAGUUUCAAGUCUUCUAAACGCAGCUCAUAUGUUUACGUUUGAGAAUAAACAUUUUGGAUUUUAUUUGACUGAUAUUUCCUUAGAUAACAUCGCUGUUAAUUCAAAUGGUAUUGCCAAGUUUAUCGAUUUAGAAAAUAUUAUUGUUGUCGAUAAAAAUAUAUUAGAAAAAGAUAAAUCUGCAACGUGGCAUAAAAUACAAGAGAAUACAAUUGAUCUUAAUUGUUUUGAUUGUUUUCCCUUUUCUUCAAUAGACAUAUGUAAUCAUCAAUUAAGCGAUCAUAAUUAUUACGCCAUUUGUCGGAUCUUAUUGUCACCAAAAACCAGCGAUAGUUUAAUUCCCGGCGGCUUUUUACACGACAUACCUAAUGAUAUUUUAAAACAAUAUCCGGACUUGGACAAUUUAAUAAAUCAAUGCGCUGUUUACGAUCGACUACAGAAUCGAAUUAACAAAGGACAACAUCUAAAACGAUUGUUAGAUGCUAUCAUAGAAAAAAAAAAAUGAAACACAAGGUUAUAUAAUUAAACAAU